UACAAAACAGAAAACUAAAAUGAGUCCUCCACAUAUUCUGGCGAUUCCUUUUCCGGCACAAGGCCAUGUAAUUCCCUUGCUGGAGCUUUCCCUAUGCUUAGUUAAUCAUGGCUUCAGUGUCACAUUCGUCAACACAGAUCAUACUCACAACCGGGUCAUCAACGCUUUACAGGAAAAUUCUUCGGGGGAUGGAAUCCAUCUGGUGUCGGUUCCUGAUGGAAUGGAACCUGAUGAUGAUAGAAAUGAUUUAGGGAAGUUAUGUGCAGUAAUGCCUCAGGUGAUGCCUGGUAAGCUGGAAGAGCUCAUAGAAGAUAUAAACAGAAUAGAAGAAGAAAAGCUUGUUUGCGUGAUUGCUGAUGGGAGUACUGGAUUUGCUCUCGAAGUUGCGGAGAAGAUGAAAAUUAAGAAGGCUGCCUUUUGGCCCGCAUCAGCCGCUGCUCUUGCCUCCUUUUACAGUAUUCCGAAGUUGAUUGAGGAUGGAAUCAUGGACACUGAUGGAACACCAGUCAAGAAACAAAUGAUUCAACUUGCACACAAUAUACCUGAAAUCGACAGCACAAACUUUAUUUGGUACAAUGUCGGGGGCGGCUUAGCCCAGAAAACACUUUUUGACUUCAUAUGCAAGAACACAGAAGCUGUGAAAGUAGCAGAUACCCUUAUCGGCAAUUCAACCUAUGAUUUUGAACCUGAAGCAUUCAGCUUGGUUCCAAAUAUGCUUCCAAUAGGACCUCUUUUGGCGAGUAGCCGACAAGGGAAUUCAACAGGAUACUUCUGGCAAGAAGACUUGGCUUGCUUGAAUUGGCUUGAUCAACAGCAGCCUAGCUCAGUCAUUUAUGUUGCAUUUGGCAGCUUCACCGUUUUAGACAAGAUCCAAUUCCAAGAGCUGGCGUUGGGGCUUGAACUCGCAAACAAGCCGUUCUUAUGGGUUGUGAGGCCAGACAUUACUGAUGACGCCAAUGAAGCCUUCCCAGAAGGGUUUCAAGAAAGGGUAGCUAACCAAGGGAAAAUGGUGGGUUGGGCACCGCAACAGAAGGUUCUGAGUCACCCUUCCAUUGCCUGCUUCUUUAGCCAUUGUGGUUGGAAUUCCACCAUGGAAGGUUUAAGCAAUGGGCUUCCUUUCUUGUGCUGGCCAUACUUUGCUGACCAGUUCAUUAAUGAGAGCUACAUUUGUGAUAUUUGGAAGGUGGGAUUGAGGUUUAAAAGAGAUGAAAAUGGUAUCAUAACACGAGAAGAAAUUAAAAGUAAGAUUUAUCAAGUGGUUGGUGAUGAAAAUUUUAAAGCAAGAGCUUCGGCACUCAAGGAAAGUGCCAUAGAAACUGUUAAAGAAGGAGGUCAAUCGAACAAAUGUUUCAACAAUUUCAUUGAAUGGAUCAAGGCAUAGGAACUUGCCACAAGAAAAGUGAUCAUAAUGAAUCAUUUUUAAGGAAAAUAAAACUAUAAUAACUACAGCUAGAGCUGGCUGCAUCACUGCAACAAACUGAACAGAAAAAAAUAAGCCCUCCUCAUUUUCUUGCUGUGCCAUUGCCUCCACAGGGCCAUGUGAUUUAUUUACUUGAGUUCUUAGUAUGCUUGGUCAAGCAUGGCUACAAGAGUCACAUUUGUAAAAUCUAUAUGAUUUAAUGUAUAUCAUUACUUUGUCUAUAUUUCAAUCCCAUUAACAGU